AUAGUUUUUGUUUAUUAUAGAUUUAAAUAGAUUAUAGAUGGGUACAUUGCUUACAUUUGAUUAUUCUCAUUAACAUAUGUAUUUUCGUAUAGUGUGUCGCAAUUAUAUAAUUAUCAAAAAGUACGAUUUAUUUGGAAAACAAGUAAAUCAAAACACCUAUAAUAGCAAAGAUGCCUCAUGAACAUAUUAAAUACACAAACUCUGUAUCUUCUGUAAAUAAUUCAGAUGAAGAAGAAGAUGUAGAAAGUAAGACUUCUCCAAUGAGCUACAAAGAACGCAGGAGGGAAGCUCAUACGCAGGCUGAACAAAAGAGACGUGAUGCAAUUAAAAAAGGGUAUGAUACAUUGCAAGAACUGGUGCCAACAUGCCAACAACCUGAUGUUUCUGGUUACAAAUUAAGUAAGGCUACUGUACUACAAAAAUCCAUAGACUAUAUACAGUAUCUUCAAAUGCAAAAGAAGAAGCAAGAAGAGGAACGAAAUGCUUUAAGAAAAGAAGUAGUGGCAUUAAGAAUAAUGCAGACAAAUUAUGAACAAAUUGUUAAGGCACAACAAACUCAACCGGGUCACACAGAAACCAGAAUUUCAGAUGAAGUGAAAUUUUCAGUGUUUCAAGCAAUAAUGGAUGAGCUCUUUGCAACAUUUAGUGGAGUUUCUGUAAAUAAUUUUUCUGAAUUAUCUGCCGGAGUGUUCAGUUGGUUGGAGGAAUAUUGUAAGCCUCAAACCCUCAAAGAUACUGUAUUCCAAGUUCUUCAUAGACACAAUUCACAAAUGCGUGGAUAGCAAAACUAGUUAUGGGUCUAUUGUGUAAUUAAUUAAUUCAGUGUAUACUUAGUUAAGUUAUAUAUUUUAAUUUUUGUUGUUAUUCAAUUGAUAGUUUAUAUUCCAUCUUUUUAAUAUAAUAUGUAAUU